GUAAAGAAAUUGUUAAUAAUGAAUAAUGAAUAGAUGUUUUAAGGGGGGACUACAACAGUAUACCAAAUAAGAGAACAACAAAAUAAUGAAUGGAGAAGAAGAAGAAGAUGGGUCACAUUAAGGUUUUAUUGAUGUAAACAGAAGUAAGAUUUUUUUUUCUUUUUUUCCAAACAGUGGAUCUACCUACUUUUCACUUUUGACUAAUGAAAGAAAGGUUAUUAAAAGAAAUCAUCUAUGAACAAAAAUCAAAAUAACUAUACACAGUGACAGUCUUAUUCAAUAAUAUUUGAGUUAAUUAAAAUGCAUCUAUUGGUCCUAUUCAGAGAAACUAACUAAUCCUAACUGAGUUCCAAGUGUAACCAGAGGAUAACCAUGACCAUGGUUAGGUUAAAGAAAUUGUUGCACCACACGUGUGGGGGAGAAGUCAGAUAAGGGGCAGAAGAACAGGGUUACAGAAGGGCAGUGUUUGUUUUUCUCUUUUAACUUUCUCUCUCACUCUGUUUUUUGGCUGUUGGGUAUGUCUCUCUGUUCCAUUCAAUUUUAGAGAGAAGAAGAAACAGAGUCAAGAAAAUAAAAAAGGUAACACUGAAUUUUUGCCAGAGUUCUCAGAUUUGUUAGUAUUAGUAUUAGUAGUUCGUCCCCGUCCCCCACUUGUUUGACAACAAAUUAAGCGUUUAUAGAGAGAGAGAGAGAGAUAGAGAUUGAAAAACAUGCCUGGGACUGGGAGUGUUGCUGUUCAACCUUUGGAUUUGAGCCUACACAUUCCAUACCAUUUCAGAUGCCCCAUUUCUCUUGAGCUCAUGCGUGAUCCUGUUACCGUCAGCACCGGUCAGACUUACGACCGUUCAAGUAUCGAGUCAUGGGUUGCCACCGGAAACACUACCUGUCCGGUUACUAGGGCUCCACUCACCGACUUCACCCUCAUCCCUAACCAUACUCUGCGUCGGCUAAUCCAGGACUGGUGUGUUGCCAAUCGGUCUUAUGGUGUUGAGCGGAUUCCCACUCCCAAGCAGCCGGCGGAACCUUCUUUGGUUAGGUCUUUGCUUGGUCAAGCUUCGUCGAGAUCGAGUGGUUCGAGUUUGAGAAUCUCGGCUUUGCGUCGGUUGAAAGGACUCGCUCGUGACUCGGAUAAGAAUCGGUCUCUGAUUUCAUCGCUUAAUGCUCGUGAAAUUCUUCUCGAUGUUGUGUUUUCCAAUUUGGAUUCGGGUUCGGAUUCGUUUUCACCUGAUUUGAGCCGUGAAUCGCUUGCGCUUCUUGUGAUGUUACCGCUCACGGAAUCUGAGUGUGUUCUUGUUGCGUCUGAUCCACAACGGAUUGGUUACCUUUCACAUCUUCUGUUUGAUUCUUCCAUUGAAGUCCGAAUCAAUGCUGCCGCGUUGAUUGAGACCGUAAUUGCCGGAACUCGAGCGUCGGAGCUUCGAACCCAAAUUUGUGGAAUCGAUGAAUUGUUUGAAGGCGUGGUUGAAAUUCUUAGAGAUCCAACGGCGUAUCCACGAGCACUCAAGGUCGGAGUUAAGGCUUUAUUUGCUCUCUGUUUGGUGAAACAAACGAGGCAUAAGGCAGUUUCCGCCGGCGCCGCUGAGAUUAUCAUCGACCGAUUUCCCGAUUUGGAGAAGUACGAUGCUGAGCGAGCCCUAGCUACGAUUGAACUAAUUUGCAGAGUUCCGACCGGUUGCGAUGCGUUUGCAGCUCACGCGCUCACCGUUCCGCUUUUGGUGAAAGUCAUUUUGAAGAUCUCGGACAGAGCGACGGAGUCGGCUGUCGGAGCUUUGGUGUCGCUGUGUUCGGCGUCGGAGGAGAAUCGGAGGGAGGCGGUGGCGGCGGGGAUAUUGACACAGUUGUUGUUGUUGGUGCAAAGCGAUUGUACGGAGAGAGUUAAACGGAAAUCGCAGGUGUUGCUGAAGCUUCUUCGAGAUUCAUGGCCGCAAGAGUCGGUUGGAAAUUCGGACGAUUAUGGUUGCAGUGAAAUUGUGGUACCAUUUUGUUAAUUUUUCGGAUUUUGGAAUCUGAAAUGACCAUGGAUUGUUGGGUAAGUUAAAAAAUUCAUCAAUGGAAGAAAGAACAGAAACUACAGAGACAGAGACAAGAAAUGGAAGAGAUGAAGUUGAUAGUAGUUAUCUGUAUGUAAUUUUUGUACGUAAUUUUUAUUUUUAUUUUUAUUUUUGCUCAAUAUCUUUCAACAAAAAAGAAAAAAAUAUAUAUAUAUAUAUAUAUAUAUAUUUAUAUAUAUUUAGUCUA